AUGUCGGCCACCAACGACGCCGUGUUCUAUCGGCGGAACAAGCAGAUCCAGGAUGCCAUUGAUGGCCAGAAUUUGAAACAGGCUCUGCAGCUCAUUGAGAAGCGUAUGAAGAAAGGUGAAGAGUCAAGAUUCCUCAAGGCAUGGAAAGCAGAUAUCCUCUACCGCCACGCGGACGACGCCCACCGCCAGCGCGGCCUUGCCGAAACACUGAACCUGUGCAAGGCGGAGCCACCGACGACGGACCUCGACACUCUUGAGAUCCUGCAGGAGACCCUACAGAAGAUUGGUGGGCAGGAGGCUACUAUGAGGGGGCUAUGGGAGAAAGCCGCCAAAGCGAAACCGCAAGAUCUUGAAUUGCAACUGAGAUGGUUCUCGUACGGGUUCGAAGGAGACGAUUGGAAAUCGGCGCAGAAGGCUGCAAUGAGUCUCCAAAGCAACUUCCCCAAGACGCGAAAAUACUAUUUCUGGGCUAUCUUCCUCAGCUAUCUUGUCGCCAUCGACGCAAACAGUUCGGAGCCAGAACGGAAACUUUUCGGGACACUAGCCUAUCGAAUGGCUUCCAAAGCCGCUGACAGUGUUCCUACUAAUCCGAAAGAGUUGCUGAGCACUCCUAGAGCCAUUCAAUCCGCCGAGGAGCUAUUGCUGCUUAUCAAGAUCUGUGAAUCGCAAGAGCGUCAUGCGGAGGUUGCAAAGCUUCUUGACAGUGAGAACCUGGGCUUGAACUCCAGGAUUGUACAGAAUGACUGGCCCUUUGUAGGGACCAAACUCUCUAGCUUGGAAAAGGCAGAGAUGUGGACUGAGGGUCUCUUCUAUGCGAGGGGCUUGCUGGCAAUUCCCACCAGUGAGGCCGAAGAGAAAACUCUCCAGGAGCGCGACGAUUGGGCAGUCUGGAGUGUACUCGUCACCUCGGUCCAAAGAAUCAACAAUGUCGAGACUACCGCAGAGAUCACGCAGUUUAUCGACGAGUUCAUCAAAGCUGUUCCCAAAUCCCGUAAUGCCCAAUUAGCCCGACUUGACUUGCUCCAGUGGAGCGUUCAGUCAGGCACCCUCAAGAGCGAAGAGCUGAUCAACGCCUGCCAGGAUUACUUUAAUCACAAUAAGAAUAAACUGUAUUGCUUUGGUGACCUUCGGAAAUGUCUGUUUGGUCUAGACAAAGAGUCGACAGCGAGCUUUGUCCAGUACGUAUCCGGAGCCCAAGGAAGCGAAGGAAAAGUAUGUUUCCAUGCCCGCAGCUUUGGCUUGACUUGUCAGCUAACUAUAUUGCAGGUGAAUGACCCAUUCGAAGAUGUUGCAGCGAUCAAUGCUCUCAAACUCGAAUAUUGCUUUCUCUUAUCAGCCAACGAGGCUGACGCUUCUCAGCAGAAGGUUGAAGACUUCGUUUCACGUUGUCUACAGAUCUUCCGCAGUACAAAGCGUCCUGAGCGUGCUGCAGGUGCUUCUACCAUUGAGAGUCAACCAAGCGACGAUCUUUGCUUGCUUGCUGCUAUGAGCCUGAUCCGGUUCAGUGGGAACUGGGUUGGUUCACCGGAGAGAGUCAUGAACACCAGUCUGAUUCGCGCUGCGGCAAUUCUCGAGCGUCUCGUGCUUGACUCUCCUCACAAUUACAAUGCUCUUCUGUUACUCGUUCGGAUAUACCUUCGUCUCGGUGCGGGGUCUCUCGCUCUUAAGACAUUUAGCAAGCUUUCCGUCAAGCAAGUGCAAUACGAAACAGUCGCGCACAACCUUUUUACCCGUCUGGCAACCAUCCAUCCUCACUCAGCACCCCCACUUGUGAGUGCAGAGCGCAAGGAUUUCCACCCGCAGUCUGCAUUUGUACAAGCUCUGAACUUUUACCGAAAUGCGGACGCCACGACAAACAGGAACAGGACGAAUGGAUUGGAAUACGGCAGUUAUGUGAAUGUUGAAGGAACCAUUGACCUUCAGAGACGUCUCAAGAACAGUAUUUGCCGAAGGAUGUGGGCGCUGGACGUAAGGCGAAUUCAGCGGCUAGUCGGGGGGGAUCCCGUCAGUCGGUACGACGAUUUGGCAAGGGACAACACCCUACUGGUCGACCAGCGCAUGUUCGACGCCUUCAUGAACUGCGAAGCACCGAGUCAGCCUACCUUUGAGGAGCGAGUGCGCUUGGGACCUCUGCCUAAGGAACAAUGGGUGAAGUCGGCUAGGGUAACAGACCAGCUUUUCAGUCUUCUCAAAGAUCUCACUGCUCAAAAGCCAGUGUCCUCGGAGGUUGACGUGCCCAGUCUGGAUGAUAUUCUGGACCCAGAUGCAAAGUCUGAAAUGACCGCUUCUGAGAUCGAGAAUGCGAAGAUCCACCUGCAGCUUCUCAAGGUCGCCAGAUUCCUGAGCGGAUCCAAGUCGGUCAGCUCGGAAGACAUUGAGAAUUGCCUAUCACAGGUGGAACAGUGGCUCGAAUCAAGCUUGCGCGAGUUCGCCCUGGACGACGCCAAGCUCUCCCCCAUCACAUCAAAGACGGCAGUGUUCCUCCAACCAGAGACACCCUCGGCUCCCUCAUGGGCGUAUUUCCACCACAUCUAUCUUGUCCUUGAAUCGCUCAAGGCGCUGUCAAUGAUCACCACAAUUGCGCUCAAGAAGGGUUCCAAGGUAGCCAAGCUGCCCAAGGAUCGCAUGGAGAAGUUGACCAGCUUGACACGCGAAGUUUUCGAGAACGCGCGGGUAAAUGCCCGCGCGUUGAAGUUGCGCAUGUCCCAGUCCGGCAUGCUGAGCUCCCUAGUUGACCUUGUCCUUGGAGGCAGCGGCAGCGGCGCUGAGGAUGCCCGGCAGUUUCGGGCGGAGCUGGAAAAGACGCUGGAUGUAGCGGCUCUUGAGCUGUGCUGCGGCGAGCUGAUGGAGAGCUGGGAGGAGGCCUUCAAUGGGUUGAUGGCGGUGAAGCUGUGA